GUGAAUGAAUUUGAAGAGCUAGCUAGGCAAGCUCUUCCAAAUAUGUACUACGACUUCUUUGCUGGAGGAGCUGAGGACCAGUACACACUCGAAGAAAACAUCGAAGCAUUUCGUAGAAUCAUGUAAGUUUGUAAUUUCUUGCUCUUGAAUUGGCCGUGGACAGAUAUCUAUCACUAUUAACUAAUUUUCAAAAAACUCAGAAUCCGGCCAAGAAUACUUGUUGAUGUGAGCAGAAUAGACAUGUCAACUGUUAUACUUGGUCACAAGACAUCAGCUCCUAUUAUGAUUGCCCCAACUAUGAUGCAUAAAUUUGCACACCCUGAAGGAGAAAUCGCAACAGCUAGAGGCGCUGCAUCAUGUGAUGUUAUCGCGGGAUUGUCAUUUACGUGCAAGGUUGUUCGCUUCAUUCAGACUUUUGUAAGAUAUUAUUCCCAACUCUCAUUAUCUUCAUACGUAAAUACUGAUUUUUCAUGUUUUGCAGCAAAUAGAGAUUUAUAG